CAGGUGGGUCAAAGUCUGGUAACGGUCUCACAAAGUUAGGUUACUUGUGACAUGUUCUCAUUUCUUUGUUGAAUCACUUAGAAAAUGGCAUCAAACUCGUCUUUCAUGGGCGAAGAUUUAAUUUGCCCUGUUUGCCGCGACGUCUUCCGGGACCCUGUUCUCCUGUCAUGCAGUCACAGUUUGUGUGACGUCUGUCUGAAAAGGUUUUGGGAAAUCAAAGGUUUUCAGGAUUGUCCAGUGUGUAGGAGAAGAUCUUCGAAAUCAGACCCACCCAAAAACCUGGCUCUGAAGAACCUUUGUGAGACUUUCUUACAGGUUAGAAGUUACGGAGAUCCGUCAAUGUCGGAGGAACUCUGCAGUCUACAUAGCGAGAGACUCAAACUCUUCUGUCUGGUGGAGAAACAGCCCGUGUGUGUUGUGUGUCGGGAUUCAAAAAAACAUAAAAAUCAUGAAUGCUGUCCCAUUGACGAAGUAGUGGAGGACCAAAAGAAAAAACUCAGGAGCGCACUGGAGCCCUUGCAGAAGAAGAUGAAGAAGUUUAAAGAAGUGAAGUUAACCUGUGACAAAUCGGCACAGCUCAUAAAGAUCCAGGCCCAAAACACAGAGCAACAGAUAAAGGAGGAGUUUGAGAGGCUUCACCAGUUUCUACGAGACGAAGAGGAGGCCAGGAUAGCUGCACUGAGAGAGGAAGAGGAGCAGAAGAUUCGGAUGAUGAAGGAGAAGAUAGACGGAUUGAGCAGGGAAAUUUCAUCACUUUCACACACAAUCAGAGUCAUAGAUGAAGUUUUAAACGCUGGGGAUAUUUUACUCGUACAGAACUUCAACGUCACAAUGAAAAAAGCCCAGUGCACACUGCAGGAUCCACAGACGCUUUCAGGAGCACUGAUCGACGUGGCAAAACACCUGGGCAACCUGAAGUUCAGAGUCUGGGAGAAGAUGCAGGAGAUAAUUCAAUACACUCCCGUGACUCUGGAUCCGAACACCGCUCACCCAAGACUCGGCCUGUCCGGGGAUUUGACCAGUGUGAGGUACACCGAUGACAGAAAGCGACUUCCUGACAAUCCAGAGAGGUUUGACUAUGCAUUUAUCCUGGGCUCUGAGGGAUUUAACUCAGGGUCACACUGCUGGAACGUUGACGUGGACGACAGCACAGACUGGAUACUGGGAGUGAUAAACAAGUCCGUCCGGAGGAAAGGAAAUGCUUUCGUCACUGGACUGAGCUGCGUGGGAUAUUUCAACGACGAAUAUAAAUCCCGUACCCCAGGGCAGUCGGUGACUCCCUUCUCAGUGACUAAAAAACCCCAGAGGGUCAGAGUUCACCUGGACUGGGACAGAGGGAAACUAUCAUUCUACGACCCUCUAAAUAACAAACACAUACACACACUCAAACACACAUUUACUGAGAGAGUCUUUCCAUUCUUCUGUAAUUACGACCAAGUCACUCCUCUGAGGAUCUUACCAGUGCCAUUUUCAGUAAAUGUUAAACUUCACAAGAAGAGCUGAUUGUACUAGAAACUUGUCAUAAAUAAAUGACAAGCAUACAUUCGAAACAUACAUACAUGUUUGAUUUGUUGUUAAUAAGUUGUAAACUCUGAUUAGUGGUUGGUGAGCAUAGGUUCAAGUGACUCAUGCAUUGUAAAGGUAAGAGACUGUGUACAGAAAAGCAGUGUACAGAAAAAAGAAAUCUGCAUUUUAUCUGUUUAAAAACAGUAUUGAGUUAAUUUUGAUGAUGAAUUGAUGAUGAAUUUUGAUGAGAUGCAAAUCUUCACACGCAUUCUUGUAGAGGAUGAAAGAUGCACAUCCAAAAAAAACCCAAAAAGCUAUACAAAUACAGUGAAUCGUAGUCAAUACAGUGAAACACAUAAUACAUGGAGUCGUGUCAGGUAAGGUCACAGUAUAACAAGGAAUCUCCCUCUGAUUCUUCAGCAAAGUUGAUGAUUUUUUUUUGUUGCUUAACCCGUUCACUAAUCGAAUGUCUCUUUAUGGAUACAGUGGUGUUCAGCUGCUACGUGAAAAUUUAACAAUUGUUGUGAAGUUUCAAGAUUCAAGUCAACCUUCCAAUUUUCUCUUGCUACUGUUAGCUGGUUUGUCCUUGAGAACUUGGAUAGUUUCCUUAUGAUGCUUUCUUGGUCUACGAUGCGGUCUCGAACCAAAAAUGUUUUCUUGGUCAGAGUACAAUGUGUGCAACUAUGAUUACAGCUUUAAGUUCAAAAUAUGUCACGAUGCUUUUGAUAAUAAAUGAUCUGAUAAGACCCGUGAA